AUGCCCGAAGGCACCAUGAAGGCGCUCUGGUACGACUCCCCCUUGAACUUCCAGAUCAAGGAGGUCCCCAUCCCCAAGUGUGGCGACGAUGAGCUCCUCCUCAAGGUCUCACUCUGCGGCGUCUGCGGAACGGACGGGCACAUCCACGAGGGCGAGUUCAUUGCCAAAUUCCCCCUCAUCCCUGGCCACGAGGCGAUCGGCACUAUUGUCGAGAUGGGCAAGAACGUGAAGGACUUUGCGAUCGGCGACCGCAUCGUCGCCGACGUCGGCAUCUCCUGCGACAACUGCUUCUACUGCAGGCGGGGAAAUGCCGUCCUCUGUGAAAACUUCAAUGCCCGCGGCGUGACCCUGGACGGCGGCUUCGCCGAGUACAUCGCCUACCCCCAGCGCAAGUGCUACAAGAUCCACAACCUCACCGACGAGGAGUCGACGCUGCUCGAGCCCGCCGCGUGCGCCAUCCACGGGCUCGACAAGCUCAACCCGCCCGUCGGCAUCGACCUCCUCAAGCUCAACGGCGCCGCGCGCGUCACGAUCGCCGCGAACAAGGGCAUCAAGAUGGACAUCGCCAAGAAGCUCAACGCCGGAGACGAGCCCCAGUGGGACCAACUUAGGAAGGAUAACCCGUACGGGUUCGACGUCGUCGUCGAGGCCACCGGGGUCGAAAAGGUCGCCCAGGACAGCAUCAACUACGUCCGCAGGGGCGGCACGAUCAUGAUCUACGGCGUGUACGAGAACAAGGCGCUCCUCCACUGGCCGCCGUCCAAGAUCUUCGGGGACGAAAUCCGUGUAAUUGGCUCCUUCUCGCAAGCGUACUGCUUCCCGCGCGCGGUAGCGUACCUCGACGGUGGCAAGGUCAACGUUAAGGGCAUGGUCACCGACGUCUUUAAGCUCGAUGACUACCAGGGCGCCCUCGACAAGAUGAACAGCCGUGGCGCGCUGAAGAUCGCCAUCAAGCCCUGA